CUGUUUCAGGAAUGCAGUAAAAAACAGAAAAACGAUGACACGCAAAGUACAUCUGUUGAUGCAUUGAGUUCAGAUGAUGGUUUUGAAGAGAAAAAUGAAUUUCAUACAUUGGCUAAUGCUAAAAUACUCCUUAGCGACUGCCUAGCUUGUGACAACUGUAUGACAUCAGAAGAAGGAGCCAGAGUUUUCCAGCAGAAUCAGAAGGAGCUCUUUCGUAUUCUUAACCUUAAUAAGAAAUGUGAUACCUCAAAACACAAAGUGUUGGCAGUAUCUGUAUGCCCUCAGUCAUUGCCUUAUUUUGCUGCUAAAUUCAAUCUCUCUGUGAAUGAUGCAGCCAAGAGACUCUGUGGUUUCCUCAAAAGUCUUGGGGUGCAUUAUGUAUUUGACACCACUAUAGCUGCUGAUUUCAGUAUCCUGGAGAGCCAGAGGGAAUUUGUGCAGCGGUAUCAACGGAGGAACCAGGAGGAGCAUGCCUUACCAAUGUUUGCCUCUGCUUGCCCUGGUUGGAUCCGGUAUGCGGAAAGGGUACUUACCAAUCUUGUGACCUCUCACAUUUGCACUGCAAAGUCUCCACAGCAGAUCAUGGGCUCCCUGGUGAAGGGCUACUUUGCCAGGCAGCAGAACUUGUCUCCUGAUAAAAUUUUCCACAUAAUUGUGGCACCUUGUUACGACAAAAAACUGGAAGCCUUGCGGGAAGACUUCUACACUGCCUUGUAUAAUUCGCAAGAGGUUGAUUGUGUUCUGACAUCAGGUGAAAUUGUACAAAUAAUGGAACAGAAAAAUCUGUCUAUGAAAGAUGUGACUGAAGUAGCUGUAGAUAGUUUGUUUGAUGAUAUAAAGGAGGGAGAGGUAGUAAGGCAUGAUGGCAAGAGAUCUGAUGGUUACCUGGAGCACAUUUUUAAACAUGCUGCAAAGGAGCUUUUUGGCAUGGAUGUCAAAGAAAUCACGUAUAAAGCAUUAAAGAACAAGGACUUCCAAGAAGUUACCCUUGAAAAGGAUGGUGAGACAGUGCUACGUUUUGCAGCAGCUUAUGGCUUUAGAAAUAUCCAAAACAUGGUUCUGAAGUUGAAAAAAGGAAAGUUUUUAUACCAUUUUGUAGAAGUCCUUGCCUGCCCAGGAGGGUGCCUAAAUGGAAAAGGUCAGACACAAAGUGAAGAUGGAAAACCAGACAAAGCACUGCUUAACCAGAUGGAAGAAGUGUAUGCUGCAAUACCUGUUAGGCUUCCAGAAACCAAUGUGCAUGUCCAGAAGAUGUACCAGGACUGGCUGGAAGGCAUGGACUCUAAGAAGGUCCACGAAACUUUGCAUACCAAAUACAGUGCAGUAAAUCAAACAGCAAGCAAUCUGGAUAUCAAAUGGUAAUAAAUCAAACUUGCAAAAGAUUAGGUUAGUUACAAAUUCAGCACUGGAAACAUUCUAUG